AUGGGGGCGUGUCUCUCGUCUAGCGAGGAAAAGGGGGCAAAGGAGAGGAGCAUUGCCAUUGACAAGGCGAUUGAGGAGGACAGUCGCAAGUUCAAGAAAGAGUGCAAGAUUUUGCUGCUUGGGUCGGGAGAGUCAGGCAAGUCGACGAUUGUUAAACAGAUGAAGAUCAUUCAUCAGAAUGGCUACACGCGCGACGAGCUCCUCGUCUACCGCCUCACUGUCCUCAAGAACGUUGUAGACUCAGCGCAGGCCAUCGUCCUCGCACUACGCAAAUUUGAGCUCGAGCCAGCCAACAUCGAGAAUCGAGAAAUCUGUGACAAGGUUUUGCAAUACAGGAUAGACGCGGAUCCAAAUGCGACACUCGACUCGGAUAUGACUGACAGCAUCGAAUCGCUCUGGUCGGAUCCCGUCAUCCCCUCGAUAGUAGAUCGCAGCAGCGAGUUCUACCUGAUGGACUCGGCCCCCUACUUCUUCGAGAACGUCCGGCGCAUCGGCUCCCAAGACUAUGUUCCCAACGAGGAUGAUGUGUUGCGUGCAAGAAGCAAGACGACGGGAAUUGCCGAGACGCGAUUCAAUAUGGGGCAGCUGAGCAUUCAUUUGUUCGACGUGGGCGGGCAAAGGAGCGAGAGGAAGAAGUGGAUCCACUGCUUCGAGGCAGUGACGAGCAUCAUCUUCUGCGUGGCGCUGAGCGAGUAUGACCAGGUGCUGCUGGAGGAGAGUGGUCAAAAUCGCAUGGCCGAAAGUCUCGUCCUCUUCGAGAGCGUCGUGAACUCAAGAUGGUUCUUGCGGACGUCCAUCAUCCUCUUCCUCAACAAGAUCGACAUCUUCAAGCAGAAGAUCCCUCGCAUCCCGCUAUCGGACUUCUUUCCCGAAUAUUCAGGCGGAGCCGACGUCAACAAAGCGGCCAAGUACAUUCUCUGGCGCUUCACGCAAACAAACAGGGCAAGAUUGUCCAUCUUCCCGCAUCUGACGCAGGCCACUGACACGGGCAAUAUCAGACUGGUCUUUGCAGCCGUCAAGGAGACGAUCCUGCAAAAUGCGCUGAGAGAUAGUGGGAUUCUUUGA